ACGUUUGUAAACAAAUCAUUCAAUAUUAAAUAAUUUAUUGAAUAAAGAAUGUAAUCCAUUGUAAAUAUUUAACGUAUUAAGCUAAUAAAGAAUUUAUCAUGGUCCUAAAUCGUGUGGCACGAUUUACUGUUCCAAAAUAUUUCAAUUCGUUUAAAAAUAUCGGAAUAUUUGUAAAUUCUGCAGAUUUGACCAAAGUAUCAUAUAGAUGUUCUCAUUUCACGUACGUACCAGAUACAGUAUCUGCAUCUGAUGGGGAAACCGCUCGUAUGAAUCUUUUCCAAUCUGUGACAAAUGCUAUAGAUACGGCCUUAGGUGUAGAUCCUUCUGCAGUGGUAUUCGGUGAGGAUGUUGCAUUUGGUGGUGUAUUUCGAUGUACAGUUGGCUUACAGGAUAAAUAUGGACGUGAUCGUGUUUUCAAUACGCCGCUUUGCGAACAGGGCAUUGUGGGAUUUGGAAUUGGUUUAGCUAUUGCUGGUGCAACAGCCAUUGCGGAGAUUCAGUUUGCAGAUUAUAUUUUUCCAGCUUUUGAUCAAUUAACAAACGAAGCAGCUAAGCUUAGAUAUAGAUCAGGUAAUGAGUUCAACUGUGGUGCAUUAACAGUAAGAGCUCCAUAUGGUGCUGUUGGACAUGGAGCUCUCUACCAUUCACAGAGCCCUGAAUCAUUUUUUGCUCACAUACCUGGACUUAAAGUAUGA